UAUUACCAUCAGUUAAUCUUACUAGCACCGCGAGAAUAUCUAUUUAAUACCACAAAACUUCGGCGCACGGCUAAUAUAUUUCGAUGCUCGUUGUCCUCAGAUAUAUACGAAUCGUCCAUACAAAUCGUGUAUACUCUCCAACUGGCUCGACUCAAGCUCUAACUGCUUUGGCAUAACAUAAUCGUACCGGCUAUAACAAAUACUAUUUUAUACAUUUAUAUAAUUUAUUUAAUCGAUUUUAUAAGUAGAAAAACAGCAACAAUAAUUUAACAAUAUGUCCGUCAAUACAAAAAUGAGCGACGGCGACUUGCAUUUAGAUUCAUUGGAUUCCGAUUUGAUGUGUCUGGAUCGUGUCAAAACCGAAAUACCCGUAAUCGGCUUGGGUUGCGAAUAUUUCACGAGGCUUAUUGCUAGUCUCAAGGAGUCCUCCGCUGUCGUCGAGUGGAGCCUGAACAAAGCCACCACUGGCGUGGAUAACGUUGUCAAAUUUCCGUACGUCAAAGACCAGUUGUUAGCUAUCGACCGGUUGCUGUGCUCGUCGUUGGACUUAACCGAAUUAUCAUUGCCCGUGUUAACUAAAACACCACAAGAAAUGUACGAUGGAAGUAUAGAAUACGUGAUUGGAAUAGUAACACCAAUUACCAAUUGGGUUGACUUGGAGUUUCUGCCUUCAGCGGAGUAUUAUAUCAAUCAAUAUUUGCCGGAAUUGGACUCUGAUCAAAAAAUAAAAUUCAUGAAUAGUGAAAAGGGUCCAAGAGCAUGUCAAUUAUCCGUGAAGCUUGCUCGUCGCAUCAAACAACAUGCUUACGCCGAACCAAAAUAUUUUGUGAACUUGAUGUAUAGUUUAUAUGAAGAAUCAAUUUUGCUGACACAAAUAUUUGUUUUUGAACCAAAGUUGUUGCCAAAGACGUUUUGUCAGAUCUGGAAGAAACUCGGCGAUGGCGUAACGCCGGUUGAGGUAGCUAAUAGCUUAUUGUUAGUGGAAAUGGGCUGUUUGCGACUCCGAGAAGGUGCAUCUUUACUUAUCAAGAUGAUAGAAAUUACUGAACAAAUGGCCAAAUAUUACAUUGAAAUGUUUUUACGAUAUGUGUAUGAACAAAAAAAUCAUGUUGUCUACAACCUAUCGAGAGUAGUACAACAUCAGAUGAAAAAACAGGAAAAAAAUCAGGAAACCAUGUCUCAGCAUGAAAACGUGGAAACUAAAACAAUAAAUGAGAAUACCAACGGUGAUGAACAUUCAACCCCGCAAAAUUUAAUAGACUAGGAUAGUAGAAGCUUAUUAGUUUAACUGUAUAUACACCAGUUAUUUUUAUUUCGGUUUUAAUAUUAAUUAUUAUUAUAGUUAGAAUCUAUUUUAUAUUUUACAAAUUUUCUUUUAAGUUUUGUUCCUACUAUUAAUAUUAUUGAAUUUUAAAUUUUUAAAAAAAUGAAAUAAUGUAGCAAUUAUUAUAUAGACUUAGGUUUUUUUUUGAUCUUUACUUAACAUGG